AUGAGUUGCAAUACAAAGCAAGAUUAGCAGUAGAUGGGAAAUUAGGCUUAAUAAAGACUCAAGAAAUCAAAAUUCCAAUCCUCAAAAUAUGGGCCAGGCUUAUCUUCCUUAGAUGGAUUUGUUCAUUUGCCAGCUCUUUCAGUGGCAACAUUUGAAAGCGCUGCAUUUACUAGCACUUCAGCGAUUUUUAGCAUUGGACUGACAUUAUUAACUCUAUUCACUUUGUAUUAAGGAUUACAAAAUAUUUCUUUGAAUUCCUCAAAAUAGAUGUCUCUGAGAAAUCAGACAUUUUUCUGUGUGCUUGUCCCAAUCGUUAUUAUCUACUAUACCAAGUUAACUUUAGAAGAUUACAUUAAUGCAAAGAUAAAGUCUUCUAAGAAUAAGCCUACAGGCAAGAGUGGAAACUAGGCUAAGGUUUCUGUAGGUUUAAAUCAUUAAAGUAGUACUGGACCAUCGGGAAGUGGUCAUUACGGAAGCAAUAACUAGAAUCAAAUCUAGAAAUAGGUGCUUUUUAAGAACUUAAAUUUGCAAAAUAUUGUGGUUGAUUCGGAUGAUGAGAAUAACUAGAUUAGCUCUUACAUGAUCUAUUAGAAUAAUAAGAUGUUAAGUAAUCUUAACUCUCACAGCAUUCCCAUGUUCUUAAUUGACAGAUAAUUCUAAUCAUACGCUAACAAAGCUCAGUUAAUGAACGACAAAAAGUUACUUAGUCCUACAUACACUGAUUCUACUGAUGAACCAACCCCAAUGGGAUUUUUCAAUUAAGGUAAAGGAUUUUAGUUUAAUAUGAAUAUGGAAGAUGAUGCAGAAAAUAUCGGGUUUGAAGACAGCAAUGUUUAAUAAAGCAAAACUUAAAUUGAAAAUGGUAAAAAGGAUAUCUUACCUAAUCAAAAUCAGUCAGCUGCCAACAAGAAAAGUAUAUUUGGUAAAAAGAGAUCAUUAUUUAAGUCUUGGUUCAAUCUGAAGAAGAGCAGUUUAUCAGGAGUACGUAAAGCCGACUAGUCCUCAGAAAAGUCUAGUGACGCACUACCUUUCAAUUCAUUGGAGUUAUUCCUGUUCGUUCAAAAUAUAUUUUUGUGUGUAUUUUCUGAAAAAGAAAACGCAUAGCUGGAUUUAUUAUUUUCAGUGGCCAUUAUGAUACUUGUGUAUUUCAUAGUUCUACAGACGUUUUUCUAAGGAAGAAAAAAUUUAAGAAACAAGCUAGAUUCAUUCGAUGAUCAUUUCUAGUUGGAUGAGGAGAAUCAAGACAUGACAGAAGAUUCAAGGACAUCAUCAAUGAGAGAAGAUGAUUAGAUCUUGAGAGAAGUGUUCAAAGGAGAUAUUAACAAAUUGGAAAAGCCUAAUGAAAAAGUCAAUAAUCCGAAAGAUACUUCUAACGUCAAGGUUAGUAUUUUGAUCUUUUAUUAUAUAUAGAUAGAAAAUGAUAAGAAGAUGAAUAACGCUAAUUCAAUCAGUAAUAAUAAUUUGCAAAGCAAUGUUCAACCCACUUCAACUAAUAACUUACAAACUAAGUAAACAUAAUCCCAAGUGGAUAUUGCUACUAAUUCAAAGGAAAAUUUGAAGAGGUAAUAGUACUAGCAGCAAUUAUUAGCUUAAGAGCACGAUCAAGCAUGCAAGAUCAUCAGAGAACUGAUAAGAAGCAAAUCAAAAAAAGUUAGAAUGGAAAACAAGAAGAUUUUUAUUGUUGUUCAACUUUAGUAUCUGAAAAGAGUUGGAGAGGGAGCUCUGAGAUGGAGCUUCUUCACAUUGAACCUGUUCAUGUUAACUCUAUACAUCUGCCAAAACUGA